AGCUUAUCUUCAGAAGGGCCUGUGGAAGGGCAUACUGAUGCUGUGCUGGAUCUUUCGUGGAAUAAACAAAGCAGGAAUGUUUUAGCAAGUGCAUCUGCUGACAACACUGUGAUUUUGUGGGAUAUGUCUGUGGGUAAGCCAGCAGCCAGCCUGACCCUGCAUACAGACAAGGUGCAGACAUUGAAAUUUCAUCCAUUUGAAACUCAGACCCUCAUCUCUGGAUCUUACGAUAAGUCAGCUGUGCUAUAUGACUGCAGAAACCCACAAGAGAACCAUCGAGUGUGGCGGUUCAGUGGUCAGGUCGAGAGAGUAACUUGGAAUCAUUUUUCACCUUGUCAUUUCUUAGCAAGCACAGAGGAUGGCUUUGUGUACUGCCUGGAUGCUCGUUCGAAUAAGCCUCUGUUCACUCUGAAAGCUCAUGAUGAAGAGGUGUCAGGGCUACAACUAAGCAGUCAGAUCAAAGGGUGCCUGGUGACAUCAUCUGCUGACAAAUACGUGAAAAUCUGGGAUAUCCUGGGAGACAGACCAAGUUUAGUCCAUUCCAGGGAUAUGAAAAUGGGAGUUCUCUUCUGUGCAGCUUGCUGCCCUGACUUCCCCCUUGUCUUUGCCUUUGGAGGAGAGCGGGAUGGGCUGCGUGUUUGGGAUCUAAGCAAGAUUUCUGCAGUGAAUGAAGUUUUUGGUAACAGAGAGAGACUCGUUCUGGCUAGUGCCAGCUCUGUGGGUCACAGCUCCACAGCCAGCAGGAGCAGCAACAAUUUGGAGACAGCAAUGGAAUCAUGA